GAGGAACAAGAAACAAAUGGCUCUCUUCUCUCUCAUUAAUUAGUUAGAACCUUUGUUCCAUUUCAAUGCUAAAAAAGAAAAAGGAAAAAAGGGAAAGGGGGAAAUAGCCAAAAUUAUGGAACCCCAAGAUGAAAACAGAACAAAACAGAGGAUCUGUGAUUACUGCAAUGAGUCUGCAGCCAUGUUGUUCUGUCGAGCCGACACAGCCAGGCUGUGUGUCUCCUGUGACAGGCAUGUCCACUCAGCCAACCAGCUCGUCACCAAGCACUUGCGAUGGCAGCUCUGUGACGCCUGCAGUGAGUCCCCUGCUUCUAUCUUCUGUGAAACAGAGCAUUCUGUUCUGUGCCAGAAUUGUGACUGGGAAAGGCAUAAUUUUUCGGUUUCUUUGCUGCAUCAUCGGCGGCCGAUUGAGGGGUUUACUGGGUGCCCGUCGGUAGGUCAGUUUGUGAAUAUUUUUGGGUUUGAUGAUUUGGGGAAUAAAGGUUUGUUCUUGAGUGAGGAGAAGAGUAGUGGUGGUGAUGGGGAUCUUGAUGGGUUGUUGGAUUUGUUCGUUUGGGAGACUCCAACGAUUGCUAGCCUUGAUGAGUUGAUUGUUUCCAGUGAAACAAAGCAUGGAUUUAGGGCUUUGGAUGUUCCUUCUGUGCCUAAGAACCGAAAUGCUACAUGCGGGCAACACAAGGAGGAAAUGCUGCAGCAGCUUCGUGAACUUGCAAAAUCAGAACCCAACUUCAAUUAUGAUUAUGGUGAAGCUGAUGCCCUUAAAGAAGUUCACUCUAUAAUAUCUGAUCAAAACCUGCAUCCAGUAAAUUCCGAGACAAUUUCAUUUCCUGGCUAUAAGUCAAGUGAAGUUAAGUGGUUUGGUGAUGGAAUGGAGGUUGCAAAUCAGGUUUUUGUUCCUUCAGUAUUAGGAAGCUGCACUGAGGAAAAUGCUGGGAUUCCUGAUAUAAAUAUAGAUACCGGUGGCAGUGGGAGUUGGGCAAAUGAUUGUCAAGACGAAAAAUCUCAAAAUCCCAUUUCUUUCGGAAAUUUACCACUUUUUCCAAAGAUUGGUGCAUAUGAGUUGAACACUCAGGAAAGAGAUUCUGCAAUCUCAAGGUACAAGGAGAAGAAGAAAGCAAGGAGGUAGUACUCUACUCUUUAUUCUAAAGUAUCACCUAUUUCGUAUGUAUCAAGUUGAAAGAAUAGCCAAUGUCAACGUCUUGGCAUGGUGGUGUGGUUUAGUCCUUGAUUUCAAGGUGUCAUGCUAAGGGGUCUUGCUUUUUUUGGUGGGUAACAGUCCAACUUCACGUCACUUCAAAUUCAAAAUUUAAGACAUUUAAUAACUUGAACUACUAGGUCAACUUUGGACCACCUAUUUAAAUUGCAAUUAUUUCUGUGAGAAAAACCAGGUAUGACAAGCACAUAAGGUAUGAAUCAAGGAAGGUUAGAGCUGAAGGAAGGACAAGAAUCAAGGGACGUUUUGCAAAGGUAGAACAUUAAGGAAGGUUCGAGCUGAAGGCAGGACAAGAAUCAAGGGACGUUUUGAAAAAGUACAACAUUGAGAGAUAAAUCUAAAAUAUAUACAUCUAAAAUAUCGACAUGGUAUAUAUAUAUAUGUAUACAUACCAUCUCUGUGUAUGACCUGUAUCACAUUUUCUGCUCUUAAACCUUCUCUCUUUUUUGUAUUCUUUAAUUUCUCCUCGAAAAGUUCCUACAAAUGUAAUGUAAAUCUUUAUUAUUAAUUAAAUAUUAUCUUAUAAG